CCGGGCGAGUGGUCAGGACGCAGGACAGAUGGGACAGCAGGCCACUCUGCAGCUACUGCACGGCACCCUGACCGGCUCACUGUAGAGCACUCCAGCCCAGCUACGGAACAAAAAAGAGAGAGAGUAAAAAGAAGAAAGAAAGACAGAGGUACACUGCUGCACUGGUACAAGACGCCCUUUUUACCUCCCUGACACACAUUACUUCAGAGAAGCUGGACUAUUCAGGCUGGGACAGAAGUUUGUGGAAAAGUAUUUAGAGGAUGCAGGACGGGAGCUGGAAUGACACACUCCCCCUCUCUGUGCUACUAAAAGAGGGGCGCCCCCCAGGGGCUGCGUCUCUGGAGGGGGAUGGGGGCGUGUUUUCAGAGGCGUCCUCAGAUGGUGAAGUUUACCUGGACUCCCUAGUGGAGUUUGAGGCAGGGGAUGGGGACUUUCCAGAACUCUCUGCUUUCCUAAGCCAGGACGAGAUUAACCGCAGUCUGGACCUGGCUCGAGAGGCUAUGAGCGAUACAAGUGACCCCUCUGACCUCACUGAACCCCCAGUCCCUGACACCCUCCCCAAAGCACUUGAUCAGGGUCUUUGCUUCCCAUCAUCUUCCAUUAACCCGACCCCACAGCCGCCAACCGCAACAGAGCAUCAGCCUGUCCACCCAGAGACCAAAGGGAUGGUGCUUCCUGUUCCAGUAGCGACAUCAACAUCAAGUUCGGCCGAAGUUGCAUCUGUUAAAGUCACAUCUAGCCAGAGCGUUCAGCUCAGCAGGCCCACUCAGGCUUGCGCAGUUCCUGGAUCUCCAGCCUCACCUGAUAAGUUUGUCUGCCACAAGUCCAUCAUGCCCAUGUACAAGCAAGAGCGCCCACGGCUUGUCCAUGGAGGUCUGGAGGUCAACGAGCGGGCCGCUUCUGCCACCGAAUUCUGCACCCGGGCCGCCACCUUCAUUGAGGAGCUCUCCUCCAUCUUCAAAGGGUCUAGAAGCUUAGAUCGACAAGGAGAAGAGGACUCCUCCUCACCUGACAGCGGUUACCUGUCCCCAAGGAGCCAUCGCUUGGCAGCGCAGCAGGCUCAGUCUUCUUCCUCGUCCUCGUCCUUUUCAUCAGGGCUCCAGCAGGAGGCGGCUCUUAGAGGCCAAGCGGGAACGGAUUCAGGCAUAGCAGGGAGUGAGCAUCAAGCUGGUGGGGUCAGUGUGGAUGGGCCAAUGGCUCCUCCACGGUUCACCCAGAAGCUGAAGAGCCAGGAGGUGGCGGAGGGGAGCCCUAUUCGCCUGGAAUGCAGGGUGAUAGGUAACCCCCAGCCUCUAGUCAGGUGGUUCUGCGAGGGGCGGGAGCUGCACCACUGUCCUGAUAUUCAAAUUUGUCGGGAUGGUGACCUGCACACGUUGGUGAUUGCUGAGGCUUUUGAGGACGACACGGGCAGGUACACCUGCGUAGCCUCCAACGCUCUGGGAGCAGACAACACCUCUGCCGAGGUCUACAUAGAAGGAGCCUCCUCUUCAGACUCAGACGGGGAAGGAUCAGUGCCCAGAUCUAAGUCGGGAGCCAUGCCACAGGUUCAGAAGAAAACAGCCUCAGUGUCCCUGACCAUUCGCUCUUCAUCACCCAAAAGCCCAGAGAAACCGGCCCACCGCUCCACACUGCUCCAGCCCCUGUCUGCUCCUCCACAGAGAGUUCAGAGUCCAGUGUCCUCACAAUAUGCCGGUGAUGGACUUCUAACAGCACCCCCUACCUUCACCAAGUUGUUGCAGGAUGCGCAGGCGUCUGAGGGUCAGGUGGUGGUUCUGGAGUGCAGGGUGAGAGGUAGCCCCCCGGUGCGAGUCCAGUGGUUCCGGCAGGGUCAGGAAAUCCAGGACUCCCCCGACUUUCGCAUCCUGCAGAAAAAGCCGAGGUCUGCAGCAGAACCUGAGGAGAUCUGCACACUGGUCAUAGCAGAAGCUUUCCCUGAAGAUGGAGGCCUGUUCUGCUGCACUGCUACAAACCAGUACGGCUCUGUCAACUGUACCGCUCAGCUCACCGUCACACCAGUGGCCGAGGAGUCGUCUAGCAACGGCGUAUCCGGAGACGACAGUGUGUUUGAGGACAACCAGUCAUUUCCACCCCCUCCUCCACCCACCGAGAUCAGCCUGCUUGAACUCCCACCCAAGACCCCACCCAGCGCUGAGGCCUUCCAGAUCAACGAGCUGGACAUCUGGCCCAGUGUCACAGCGACGCCUGUUCAGGUGGCCACAGGUACCGAGCACCAGCCCAAUGGAACUCUUCCCAGCAGCCAUGCCCCAACCAGGUUGACCAAGGAAAGCCCCCUAUCACCAAUGAAUGUGAAAGAAGCAGCACCCCCAGCAGGAGAAACAGCUCCACCUACAUCUCCAUCUACAGCCAAAGAUGGCCCUCCGAUUCCCACCAAGCCCAAACCCAAACUAAACGCGGAACAGCUGAAGCAGCUCCAUGACCAGGUCCUAUUAGAGCAGCAGGAAGCAGCUAAGUGGCAGCAACAACAGCAGAAGCUUGAGGACGAAGCACCGCCCACUUCUCAGCAGGAGCCUCAGCAGGAGCCCCAAGAAGGCCCGCCCCCAUCUCCGCCUCUUCCCCCUCCCCCCUCUUUCCAGGAGCUGGAGCGCAGCACCAUGCAGACGAGCACGUUCAACUAUGCCCGGCCUAAGCAGUUUAUCGCCGCCCAGAGUCCCAGUAGCGGCGGGCCAUUGGGUUAUUCCACCCAAUCCUCCACCUCCUCCGGCUCCAGCGUGACCUCUCCGCUCUCACCCUCCACGCCCCACAAGCCCUUUAGCCGGGUCUCCCUGCCACCCUUCCAGCCACAGCCUAAAGGGGGCAGUCUGGAGUCGCCUGUCUCUCCAUCAUUUCCGCCCCCUCCACCUCCCUUCUACAGCUCCAGUAACGUCUCCUCCCCUUCCGGCCCAGCCCAGGACUUCCCGCCUCCCCCUCCGCCACCACCACCACCUGUCAGCACCAGCCCCACCCGCUCUGAUAGCUCCUCCCCCUUCACCUCUGUGCCCCCGUCGCCUGCAGGGUUUUUGGUCUCAGUGCUACCAGCCACGCCCUCCACCCCACCAGUCAACGCCCUAGGACUUCCCAAAGGCAAUGGCACAGUUGGGUUCCCACGGAAAACUGGCCGUACCCCACGGAUUGUUUCUGACUCUGAGAUCCAGGGCUCCAAAGAUGCUGUCAUCCAGGACCUGGAGAGGAAGCUACGCUUCAAAGAGGAACGCCUUAGCAACGGCCAGAGGUUAACCUAUGAGGAGAAGAUGGCUCGAAGGCUGCUGGGGGCGGACAACGCCGCCACAGUAUUUAACACGCAGCAGACAGAGGAGGAGCCAGCCACACAGGAAAGCAGCUCAACUGACUCAGAGUCUGUCCCUCAAAAGGAGUACAAGGUGUCAAGCUUUGAGCAGCGCCUGAUCAGCGAGAUUGAGUUCCGACUGGAGCGUUCUCCAGUGGAGGAGAGUGAUGAUGAUGUUCAGCAUGAUGAAGACGCUCCAGGAGAGUGUGUGGCUCCAUUCUUCGACCAGAAACUCAAGCACUACAAAGUGUUCGAGGGCAUGCCAGUCACCUUCAGCUGCAAGGUCAUCGGAGACCCUAAGCCAAAGGUGUACUGGUUUAAGGAUGGUAAGCAGAUUUCGAAGCGGAGCGAGCACUACCGCAUCAGUCGAGAUCCAGACGGAACGUGCUCUCUACAUACAGCCGCCGCCUCAUUGGAUGACGACGGCAACUACACCAUCAUGGCUGGCAAUCCUGCGGGGAGGGUGAGCUGCACUGGUAGAAUGAUGGUGCAGGCAGUGAACCAGAGGGGUCGGAGCCAGCGUUCCACACCUGGCCAUAUCCGCAGACCCCGCUCCAGGUCCAGGGACAGUGGGGAGGAGAACGAGAACAUUCAGGAGCGUCACUUCCGCCCCCACUUUUUGCAGGCCCCUGGUGACCUCAUUGUGCAGGAAGGCAAGCUCUGCCGCAUGGACUGCAAGGUAAGCGGUCUGCCUACUCCUGAUCUGAUCUGGCAGCUGAAUGGUCAGACCAUCCGCCCAGACUCUGCCCACAAGAUGCUAGUAAGAGAGAAUGGAAUCCACUCAUUGGUCAUUGAGCCGGUCACCAGCAGAGACGCAGGAGUGUAUACAUGCAUCGCCAGCAACAGGGCCGGACAGAACUCCUUCAGCCUGGAGCUGAUUGUAGCUGCUAAAGAGAUGCACAAAGCUCCCACCUUCAUCGAGAAGCUCCAGAACACGGGCGUGGCCGAGGGUUACCCUGUGCGUUUGGAAUGCCGUGUGAUUGGAGUCCCGUUCCCUCAGAUUUUCUGGAAGAAAGAGAACGAGUCCUUCACUCACAACACAGACAGAAUAAGUAUGCACCAGGACAACUUUGGAUACCUGUGCAUGAUCAUCCAGCCAGCUUUGAAGGAGGAUGCAGGCUGGUACACGGUCUCAGCCAAGAACGAAGCCGGCAUCGUCUCUAGCACAGCACGACUCGAUGUACACACCCAGUGGCAGCAGCCAAACAACCCUAAGCCGAAGAAGGUGCGUCCGUCGACCAGCCGCUACGCUGCCCUGACGGAGCGGGGUCUGGACGUGAAGGCGGCCUUCUUCCCCGACUCCAGCCCCCUUCCCCCCGGCACCCUGGUGGAGAGCGACGACCUGUAGACGCGGCCUCAGGCCUAAUCCAUGAACCCUGACCUUUUGACCCUAGUGCCACUGUCCCCAACUCAACACCACCACCCCCUAUACCAGAGGAACCUAAGUCUGUUGGAAGAUCAGCCGAAGAAGAAAAGCCUAUUAAUAAAUUGAUUUGGAAGCUCCUAUUUUACUCCACAGGAGAAGAAAACCACGUCUUCUUUGCUUUUUUUUUUAUUUUAUUUUAUUUUUUUUGUGUUUCCUGAUGGGCAGUGGGGGAGUGUGAUGGGUGCUGCAUUGAAGUCAACAUCCUGCUUCUUAAUUGACUUCUGGGGCUUUUCUCAGUCUGCACACUUACACAAUCAGUUCAAGCUGAUUUGAGGGAGGAGGUACUGUACCCAUGAUCACCUUGUUCUGCCAUCGCUGGAUUAUUUCACAAGUGCCUGAGAGAUGAUUAACCAUAUCAGAAUGCUUAAGCAAAA